AUGGACCUGUUCCAUACCGUCACUCAAACCAUUGACCAAGUCUUGACUUGCGACUGGUACGACUCGUUCAAGUCAUUCAAAAUGGAAGGCAACAAGGCCCAAGACAAAACUAUUGAUACAGCGCUAGGAGGCGAGACCCCGCAAUAUGAGUCCAUUAAGACUGAGACUGUUGCAACCUCGAAGCAGAGAGGACAAUUGGGCGCUGGCUCCAAUACUUCGGAAACCCCCUCCGAUUCUGUAGAUCGUGGACAACAGACGGCCGACAACUUUAGAUACGGCCAGAAUAUCUCGGAGUCAGGGAUGGGUGGCAAGACGGACUCGCAGGGCGGUGAUGCUGGUCAACAAGGUGGCUAUGGAGGGACACCAGCUCAGGCCGAGGGACAGAAGGACACCCGGCCGCAGCAAAGAUAUGGGGGAGGAACCGGGAUCGGAGCAUGA